AUGUCUGAGCUGUUGGUGGCAUGGACCCACCGGCUGCAGCUGUUCCCCACCGAUAAACUCAAGGAGCACGCAAGCGCGGGAGAAAUGUUUGAUCGCUCCCUGCAAUCAACCCACUGUGUCCACCACCCCUGGGCGCAAUACGAAGCGAAGGACUUGCUCCAGAUCGCCAGCUCGUCGUGCUCUCCUAAGGACCCAAGAACCCGUGCCUAG